AUGUCAUCGCAGGCCGCAGCAGCGGAGAACCUGCAGCAGAUGUUGGAGCAGCUGCGAGUCUCCGCCCUGGCUCUUCUGCCCGACACCUCCAUCAGCUCCCAGCUGCACCAGCGGCUCGCCGUGCUUCUGAAGGAGCUGGCCGCUCUGGAAAGCACCGUCCGUUCCAACCUGCGGCUGCUGCAGCCAUUGGUGGCCUUCCUGAGGAAGAGCCGGCAGGUGGAGCCGGAGGUCGGAGCCGCGAGGGAGCAGCAGGACACGGAAGUGAAGGACGUGGCCGGGGCGAGAGCCCUCCAGCUGGGAUGCCGCUUCCUGCCGCUGGUCACCACGUGGGAGGCGUCCGGCCUGAAGGUCCAGAGGGUGGUGGCCGCGGUGGAGCGGACGCUGGCGUGGCUCCAGGCCGCCGAGCGAGCCUCAGAUCCGCUGCAGCGCAGACUUGACAAGAACCUGCGGGACCUGAGCUCCCUGUCCCAGCUGCUGGACUCCUGCACGCUGGUGGACCUGGGCUCUGAGACGCAGACCUCCAAGCUGCGGCAGCACUUCGUCCGAGCUGGGCCCCUUUUCUCAAAGCUUUCAUCUGAAGUGGCGCUGCUGCUGAAGGACUGGAGAAGCGCGAGGGCCACCCAGGCCCGGCCCGAGGGAGGAGUGUCGGAGCUGCUGCGGCGCCAGCGCGCGGUGACUGGGAGGAUACAGCAGUGUGAGGCCAUCCUGCAGCUGGCCAGAAGAUUCCACCUGCAGGCCGCUCAGCUGGACCAGCUCCUGCAGGCCCAGCCCAGGCGCAUGCUUCCUGAGUCUGGGGAAGUCAAACACCAGCAGCAGCAGAUCCAGCAUCUUCUGGCCGGCCUGUCGUCACUGAAGAGGGACAUCGUCUCUGCCGUCAGCCACAGCGACUGGAGCGGCUUCAGCCUGGAUCAGCUGGACGCUCGUCUGCUGAGCCUGGACUCUGCUGCCGUCUCUUGGUUGAAGGAGGCCUCCAGCUGUGAGGAGCAGGAGCAGAGAGAAGCGCUGACUCAGCUGCUGGAGCGCCAGGUCCCGCAGCUGCAGCGAUCCCUGAGCGACCUGAAGAAGCCAUUCAGCCAGCUGAAGCUGAGCAGUGUGAAGAGCAGCAGGAGUGAGAAGGAGCUGAGGCACCAGCUGCAGCAGCUGCAGACCUACCAGCUCAGGCUGCAGGUACCACGCCUCAGCAGCGGGCGGAGCCUCUCACAGCCGCCUCUCCCCGCGCAGGGCCUGCAGCAGCGACUGCCGGAGGAUCUGGAGGGGAGCAUCUGGCGCCACAGGAAGACGCUGGAGACGACGUGUGGGCUGCAGCAAGCGCUGGGCAGGCAGCAGUCCUGCUGCGAGGACGCCAGCGCCACCGUGGCCCGACUCUGCCACCGGCCCUCCAACUCGGGCGGCUCCGAGUCCGUCUCCGCCCUGCUGCGGCAGCUGGAGGAGAGAGUGGCUCAGAUGACGCAGCUGGCCGUCAGGCUGCACGGUGCUGAAGGCGCUGGGCUGCACGUCCACGAGGCCGUCGGCAAACACGCGGAGGUCCUGCGCUCCAUCCGGGAGCUGAGCGGCUCGCUGCUGCUGCUGCUGCGGGAGGACUCGCUCCGGCAGGAGGAGAUGAAGCCAACAGAGGAGCAGGAGCAGAAGGCCAACAGACAGUCAGAGGGCGCCGCAGACACGGAGCCCAAGGAGACGGGCCACACCCCAGAGCUGCUGGCUGAACAAGAUGGCCCACCGCUCAGCUGGAAGAGGAAACCUCCGUUCCACCCGAGCCACAGUGUGGAGGGGGAGCAGAGGAGGGAGGGGCGGACCGAGGGCAGCAGCCACAGGCUUCUGACCUCCACCCACGUCCUCAGACUGUCCUGCUCCCCGGUCGCCGCAGGCCGCCGCCGGCUCCACGCCAUCCACAGCCCGCCGGAGCCACCUGGCUCAGUCCAGCUGAACAUCCACCGAUCCUCGGCUGAAGACCUGGUGGCGCUGCAGGACCAGGGAGUGGUGUGGGACGACUCCCGGUCCAGCGACGAGUACGAGUGUGUGUCACCGGACGACAUGUCCCUUCCGCCUUUGGCAGAGACGCCCGAGUCCCUGGUGGCCCAGUGGGACGUGGAGGAGGGCGCCUGCUGCAGGACCUGUGGCUCCGCUGCAGGUCUGAGAGGCUCUUGUCUGGCGGAAACUCUCGCCAGCACCGGCAGUUCCCGGGUGCCAAACUCCCCGGCGGUCAUCUCUCCGUGUCGCGCCUGUGAAGACGCUGGUUCAGAGCUCCAGCGAGCCAGCGCCGCGACCGUGCUAGCUUCUUCAUCCGCAGGCCAGACCGCCGGCCGUCCUCGGGCUCCGGAGAACCAGACCUCCUCCUGCUCACAUUUCCUCCCCACUUGGAGUCUGGGCUCCGAAAGCCAUAAGAAAAGUUUGGGUGCGCAGAGUGUCAUGACCAAACCAAGUGUUUUACAUCAGGUGCCGAGGGGUGGGCUCCAGGCCUCGACUGGUCCAGACCCUCCCAAACCCCGAGCCUCCGAGGCCCUUGUUCCUGGAGCUCAAUGUGCUGCAGAGAAGGAAGGUGCGUUCACCUGGAGCAAGGAAGACCUGCAGGAUCCCCUUCUGUCCAGCAUCAGGCUGUCUCCCAGGGAGCUUGAGGCCAGAGGGCGCUGUCGCCUCCCGGUGAGAGACAGCAGGCCGCCACAGCCUGAAGGGUCCCAGCCCAGCAAGGCCCUCCAUCUCACCACCAUCUCAAACCUGAAUGUAGAGGUUGCCACAAGCCCCAGUCCCCCAAUUCAGACCUCCCGCUCCGAUGUGCAGCAGCAGGACUGGACCUCCCCCCCAGAAGACCUCCGGCCUCAGGUUGCGGUCUUGUCUGUGAGAGAUGUUUGCCAGAGGCGCACCUGUGCCCCGCAGGAGGUGAGCUCUCCACCCAGCGCUGCUCUCGGCCGGACCGCACACAAAGAGGAAGCCCCGCCCAGAACCCAGGGCGCCCGGCUCAGUGCCACUCCCCAGCAGUGCGUGCAUGACCCUAACGUGGCGCUCGGUGACGCGCCUCCACCUGCAGCACCCGGGCAAGCUUUUGCUGAGUCAGCUAACCUGCAUGUCUCUCCACCCUCACCACGAGCUCAGCCACUAACUGCUGAUGAAGACCCAGACGCCUGUCAACCCUUGGCCGUCCGUGAAGAGGUCCGGCUCACCCGUCAGAUCCGGGGUCCUCCGGUGCCUGCGGCGAGGAACCCAGCCAAGUCUGGUCCACCCAGCUUCACCAGGCCUGUGUCUGGUGCCGCUGUCAUGGCAGGCGCCCCAGUGGACCUGGAACUGGAGCUGGAGGCGACUGAGGAACCAGAGCCGGCACUCACCUGGUGUGAAGCUGAGGGGGCGUCGGCCGGCGGGGGUCGCUGUCAUUCCGAGGCCGAUGACGUCAGGGGUGCCGGCGUGUUGGCGCUCCGUGACCUUGGCGAAGAGGAUGAAGGGCGCUGGUUGCUGGAUCAAGCAUGUGACCUCAUCGGUGUGGACUGGCUGACGUGCUUUGGCAUCCUUUGUUUCCUGCUGUGGCUCCUCCGCCUCCUGCUUCUGUGACCCUUGACCCAGACGGGGCUUCUCUUUGUCUUUGUCUCUCCGUCUGUCUGCCAAACUGCUGUUGGUUCCGGGAGCGACUGCCCCCAGCUGGCCCCGUCAACUCAUGACAAACAGAACGUCAGGACCUCACGUGCUGUUCAGACUGCUCCACAAGCCAAUGGCUGUGAUGCUCCGUGAGUGCAGAGCGCCAUCUAGUGGAGGGCAGAGGGACUGCAGCACCGUGAUGUUUUUCAUGUCCCUUAAUAAAGAGCAAGUGUCCUCUUUCCUCCUGCA